AUGGACGACACAAACUAUCCCUCACAGCCCACUUGCAGGUUAUUCGCUCGAAACAAAAAGUUUCUCCUUUCAAAUCUAAAUCCCGACACGAAUUACUUUCUCAAGAUUGUCAUCCUCAAAAAGGAUCAAGAAUUCGGGUCCUUUGAGAUUCAGUUCAGAACAGAAAAGCCCGAAAAUGGGCCCGAGGCCCGUAAAGUCGAAAGGAGCCAAAGCCCAGCCACUAACUGCAGCAGCCUUUCGACCCCUUCCUCGGUGGAAGAUGAGACAACGACCAAUAACGUCACGCCAUGUGGCCGUGGUGACAAUUAUGAUAAAACCACCGAACCAAAUUUGUCGAUCAACUGCUCGGAUAACAUGACCAGUAAUAAAGUAAACAGCUCGUCGAACGCCUUGCAAAUCACUCCUCAGAAGAUUGAGGAGAAGGUGAAAAAAAAUGAAAAUUUUUGCAAGAAAAAAAACAGGCGAAAAACGGGUGAUGAGUGCGAAAACGAGCCUCAAGCUGGUAGCUCGUCUAAGAAAAGAAAGGAAAAUCGAGAGGGAGAGUGUAAUAAUAAUGGCAUUGAGGAAAAAAAGGAUUUCGAGUACUACGUGAAAGUUAUCCGGCGAUUGGAGAGUGACGGUUAUAUUCAAACCGCUUUUCGGCAGAAGUUCUUGACAUGGUAUAGUUUGAGGGCUACUUCUCGGGAGGUUCGGGUCGUGAGAGUUUUCGUAGACACGUUUCUUGAAGAUCCCGAGUCGCUAGCGGGCCAACUUGUGGAUGCAUUCUCGGAUAUCGUUUCGAACAAGAAGUGCUUGAGCUCGACUAGGUGCACGGCUGCUGGAGCUGCUGAAACUGACGGGAACGACGCCAAGGACAGCGGAGCUGUGGUCGCCGGAACCUGGACGAGAGCUUACGGGACCGGAGCUGCUGGAAUCGAUCGUGAAACGGCUGAGGAGCUGCGAUUUCCGACGGGGCGGAGCUUGGACGGGACCUUGGUCGCGGAGGUUGAGCUGGUUGCAUUUCCGGCGGCUGAGGUCGCGACUUCGCCGGAAAUUGAGGCCGAGGUGGGCAGCGACGGCUCACCGACGUCAGGAGGGAGUGAGCUGCGAGGGGUCGUGAACCAGGGCUGUGGUGGCGUGGCUCGAGCUUACAGGCGCAGUUCGGAGGUGCCUUUAACGUCGGUGGUUCGGGCUCGUCGGAAUGUGGCCGGAAAGUUGGCCGGUUUUUAUGGUGUGAGGGUGAUGAUGAUGAAGGGGAAGAUGGAGGUGAUUGUAUAUAUAGAGUAA